AUGUCCGACAUCAAGCACGUACACCUCACGUACAAUGACAUCCACAACCUCAUCCGCAAGGUUUCCAAGCAGAUCAAAGAGUUCCGGCCAGACAUGCUCAUUGCGAUCGGCGGAGGGGGGUUCUUCCCUGCCCGUGUUCUGCGUACGUUCCUCAAGGACACUGCAUCACAAAGGAACAUUCCCAUCCACGCCAUCGGUCUGUCGCUAUAUGAGUCCCUGCCCGGUACGACUGCCGAGCAACUCGGCAAGGAAGUCAUCAAGACACAGUGGCUAGGUCCUGAGUCUGGGAAGAUUCUGCUUGGCCGAAGAGCUCUAAUUGUGGACGAGAUUGAUGAUUCCCGCAAGACGCUCGAAUAUGCUAUCUCUGAGCUGCAGAAGGACGUCGAACGCGAGCUCGCCAAACUGCCUGAAGCAGAACGCGCGGCGAAGCGGACAAAGUUUGCGGUGUUCGUGGUGAACAACAAGCUGAAGCCAAAAUUGGGCGAGCUUCCUGCAGACAUCCCCUACUACGUGGGAGCUGAGGUGGAGAACGUAUGGCUGGACUACCCGUGGGAAGCAGUAGAUAUCGAGGAACAUGACCGUAUUGCGCAAGAAGAGCGCCAGAAAUCCUAG